AUGCCAAAGGUAAAAGCGAGAGCUGGGGAACUUAUACAGAAGAGAAACUAUAGUAGAAAAGGUUGUAUUGAGUGUAAAAGGAGAAAGCUCAAAUGCGAUGAGAAUAAACCAGAUUGUUUAAACUGUAUCAAAUCCCUGAAAGAUUGUUCAUACAAGCAAAUUGCCAAGUUUAGUGACUCAAGAACUGUUAUACUUAGUGAAUCUACUUUCCUCGUAUCGAAGAAGCCCUCGUCGCAAGAAAAAAAAGCUAAAUUCACAAUUUCUAGUUUGAUUGAUAAUACAGAUGCUAAGAACAAUAAUUCUCAAGAGAAAGCAUCUCGCAAUUCGAAACCAGAUGCAAAAGGAAUAGUCCCUGAAGAAGCCCCAUCUUCAUCCAAUCUCUCGGAGUCUGGCUCUAGUACAGCAAACUCUCAUGAGAAUAAAACAGAGCUGUCUACCGGUACCACAGGUCGACUUCCUUAUAAAGCUGCUCCAUUAAUUCCCCAAAGCCCUAGUUCCCCAGAAUCCAUUAUUCAAGAAACUACAUCGCCGAGUUCACUAGAGAGAAUUUUAGAUAAGUACGAUGAAUAUGAUCAAAAGCUACUCUGCGACGCUUCAUUAUUAGCUAAUGGUUUAAAUAAUAUUGCUAUGUUAGACAUAUUUGAUGAUGAUCCAAACAUGAUAAGUGAAAUAGACAAGAGUCGAAUUCCAGUUGAGUUUGGGCGGCCACAAAACUUGAUAGCUGAUAAUGAUGACGACACGAAAAUCAGUAACUUCAUUCUAUCUCAUGAUUUAAUUCCAGAUCAUAAAAAUUAUUUAAGACGCUUUUACGAUAAAUAUUCGCAAUGGCUCUUUCCCUGUGCUUCAAGCAAGUCCAAUAUAUGCAACGACACCUUAAUGCUUCAAGCUCUUGACUUCCCAUUUUUACUUCAUGCUAUCCUUUCUAUUACAGCGAGAUACGAAAAUUUUUGCAAUCCAAAUUCUGUUGACGAGUAUUACCAAAAGUACUAUUUAGUAUUAUGUUGUAAAGGAUUUUCCAGGAUUUUUGACGAUAAAAUACCAAUCUCAAGAUACGUCGAACCAUUGAUUUUGACGACUUUACUUUUAGUAACGGAUGCUGUAGCAUUCGUGAAUGGCGAUUGGAGAGCACAUUUGAAAGCUGCGCAUAAAUUAUUCAGUAAAUACGUUGACAUAUUUAAGAAAAAGAGUCCUUCGAUUUUACUCGCGACAACCUGGUUUGCUGCUUUUGAAAUUCUUGCUGUCGUAGCCAACCCAUUGGGAGGUGCAAUCUCAAAUGAGGCUGAAUUUGACAUGAUGAUGAAGGCUGGAGUAGAUUCAGAUGACAUUAGAUUGGGUACUGAAGUAGGUUUAGUGCUACCCAAUGGAUUCAACGUCUUUUUGGUUUACUCUAAGGAGGCAAUAUCCAUGUUCAUUACCUUUGUUAAAACAACCUUAAAAAUACGAGAUAGCGGGAUUCCUAGAGCAGCUCCUGAGGAUUUAAUCUUACUCAUGGCAGAGAUAAAAAAAGCAAAUGAUUGCAUGCUAGCCUCAGAAGAUUGUUUAAUUCCAAAGUCUAACCCAUAUCAUCCCAAUAACCCAACUGGAAUGCUAUUACCUAUAGCAACUUACGGUUACGUAAACAAUACAGUGUUUUCAUGGUUCGAUAUAUCACACAAGAUUCAUGUACUAGCAUUAUAUCUUAAACUCUUGGUGGACAAACAUUUCUUUAACUUACCAGACACAUCCGACCUUGUUCAGGAUCUCGUAGAAGAAAUUCUUAGCUAUUGUCAUUUUUUUGCAGGUAUUGAUUUUGAGCUGCAAAAGUUUUCUCUUGAUGAACAGCUAAAUGAAAUUGAAAAGACCUCACUUUGGCUGGAUAGAAGAAUGUUGACUGUGCAUUGGCCAUUAUUAACGUGUGGCUUAAGUGCUUUAAAAAGAGUUCAUAAAUUAAAGAUUGAACUUUACUUCAGAUGUAUGAUAAAAAUGGGUGCGAGAUCGCUAAAAAUGUCAUUUAAGAAUGUUGAAAAUAAAUGGAAUGGAGGAUCAGGAAUCUCUGACUUCGUUCCAUUUGUUUAA